AGGAUGGGGAUAGAAACGCUGGAGGUGCCACUGCCAGCGUUGGGGGCAUAUGUGGCUAUAACGGGGAUGCUGUUUCUGUUGGGAGUUUAGGACUUAGUCCUCGCGUCCUGCGUGUGAGUAGCCCCAGGUUUAAGAGCCCAAUAAGUGUCGGUGGGGGUUGCAAUGGGGAGAGUAGGGCGAGCGUCAGUCCAAGAGGGGGGGUGUUGAGGGCGAAAGAGAGGGAGAGGGAUAGGUACUUUGGGUUGGAUAGGGGGGCAUUUAGAGAGCAGAGGAACGGGGUACACAUACCCAGGGAGAGGCAGGAUAAGAAGGGGGAGAAGGAGCAGAAGGAGCAGAAGGAGGGAGAGGAAGAGAUUUGUGGUCGUGGUGAUGCUGGUGGUGGUGGUGGUGGCAGCAGCAACGUCAGCAGCGCUAGUGGCAGUGGCAGUGGCAGCAGCAGCGGCGGAAGGAAGAGGGCGAUAGCAGUGUACGGGCAUCAGCGGCGGCACACCAUGUGCGAAAUCAGCGCCUCUUUCUUUGAAGAAACUCUUCCCAUCCGCAGGGGCGCUCAGCUGGGUCUUGAGACUGCUUUUGAGUCUCAAGGCCUAGCUAUCUCUCAAAAACAGGCUCUUCCCAGCCGCAUGGGCGCUGAGCUGGCUCUUGACACGUCUCAGGUUCCGAGUUGCAGGAGAGCCGAGUUGAGGCUAGAGGCGUCUCAGGUUCCGAGUUGCAGGAGAGCUGAGUUGAGGCUAGAGGUGUCACAGAAUAUGAGCCGCAGGAGCGCCGAGCUGGAAGGGGAUGGGAAGAGCCGUGCUCUCAUCAACGCUGUUUGUAGUGGAUUGGGUAAAGGGGAUGUUGCGGAGGAUUGGGCCAAGGGAGAGGGUGCAAGUAGUAGUUUUGCAGGCAGCGGUGGUGGUGGUGGCGGUGGUGGUGGUGGGGGUGAUGAUGGUGGUGGUUGUAGUGCCACUGGUAGUCGGUAUGUCGGUCGCAGCAGCAACUUUAGCGGCAGCAGUGGUGGCGGUGGUAGCGAUGGGGGUGAUGGUGGUGCUUGUGGUGUUGGUGUUACGGAUGGCAGGAAUGAUGAUCGUGGCAGUGGUAACAGUAGCAGCAGUGUUACAGGCCGCAGUAAAUGUGGCAGCAGCAUUGCAAGUGGCAGCAGCAUUGUGAGUGGCAGCAGUGGCAGUGGCAGUGGCAGUGGAAGGAAGAGGGCGAUAGCAGUGUACGGGCAUCAGCGGCGGCACACCGUGUUCGAAAUCAGCGCAUCCUUGUUUGACGACUCCUCGCCACGGAAGGAUUGCCAUGAGGAGUUGAGAGUUGGAGCAGCAGAAGGUGUAGGGACUUCGGUGCUUGGAUCAGGGUCUGCUAUUGAGUCGACGCAAAAGCAUGAAAAAAUGGGUGGGGCAGCAGAAGGUGUAGGGGCUUCGGUGCUCGGAUCAGCGCUAGUGACUGCAGUAGGCAGGGAAUCACGCAGAACGUCUACUACCACUUCCACCGCUGGAGUGAAAGCAGCAGGGGCAGAACCAGCAGCAGCAGCAGCAGCUGCUGCUUCAUCAGAACUAAUAGCACCACCACCGGUGGCACCAGCAUUGCCAGUACCACCAGCAGCAGGAUCAGCUUCUUCGGUGUUAGCUGUGCCAACGCAGUAUCUUCCCCCCUCAAGCGGUUUCGCGCGUCGCUUCAGCUACCCUCUCCGCUCCUCCUUCCAACAAACCAUCGUGGUUCCCCUUAACGGAGAAAGAGAAAUUUCGAUGGCAGCAGGAGAGGAAAAGCAGCAUGGGCCAGAAGCACCACUUACAGCACCACCAGUGGCACCACCAUUGCCAGUACCAGCAGCAGCAGUAUCAGGGGGUUCGCCUCGGUCUCCCUGCUCGAGCGGUUUCGCGCGUCGCUUCAGCUACCCCCUCCGCUCCUCCUUCCAACAAACCCUCGCUGUGCGGCUGAACGGAGAAGGAGAGAUUCAGCACGCAGCAGAAGCAGCAGCAGCAGCAGCAGAAGAAGUGGGAAAGCAGAUCGGGCCAGAAGCAGCAGAGUGCGGCGCAACACGCAGGCACCGAUGGGCGUCAGGGGGAGGUCGAGGGACGGAAGGAGAAGGACCAGGAAGAGGAUGUGACGAAGUGGAGGGGAGUGCAGACAAAUGGGCAGGAGGAGGAGGGGUGGGGAGGAGUGGGAGCAGGCGGGAGGACUCACGUCUGUGCAGCAACAUCAGUGCGAGCAGCAGCAGCAGCAGCAGCAGCAGCAGCAGCAGCAGCAGCAGCGGCAGUGGCAGCAGUGGCAACGACAGCAGUGGCAACGGCGGCAGCGGCAGCAGUGGCAGCGGCAGCGGCAGCGGCAGCGGCAGCGGCAGCGGCAGCGGCAGCAGUGGCAGCGGCAGUGGUGGCGGCAGCAGUGGCAGCGGCAGUGGCAGUGGCAGCAGUGGCAGCAGCAGCGGCAGCGGUGGCAGCAGCAGGAUUAUGAGUGUCCGAUAUCGUCAGCGUGUGAGGGCGGAUUCUGAUCCGUGCCUCAACACCUGGCACGUUCCAGAGGGGCCCUCAUGUCCCCUUAACGUUCCCCUUACCAGUGGAGCGGGUACAGCGGCAACAGACGGCUUAGUAAGCCGUUUUGGGGGUACAUUCGCCGUGCCGCGGGCAGAGGAAAGGUCAGGGAAGAGGAAGGUAAGGGGUCGUACCGAUGGGGAAAGGGGGGGGAGGUCAGGAUGUUGGGUUGACGGGGACACGCACUGUUUGCCACGUGAGAUGAGUCUUUCUUCUCUUCCUGAUACCACUACCACAACCACUGCUGCUGCUGCUGCUGCUGCUGCUUCUGUUGGUGCUGCUGUUGGUGCUGCUGGUGCUGCUGAUCACGGUGUUGCUUGUGCUGAUGAAGUUCAUAGCGAGGAUAGCAGUGACAGUGAUGGUAGCGAUGACAGUGUCGUUCUAGCGGCCACUGUACCAAUGGGUGAGGUCGGCCCAAGUUUGGAUCUGCUUCUGGUGAAGCAGCAGCAGCAGCAGCAGCAGGAGUUGGAGAAGGAAGAGGAAGAGGAGAAGCAAAUGCAGCAACGGACAGCAGCACGCCAUUCCACGUCACCUCACAAGCCUUACAGACCACAUCCCUCCUGCAGCCCCCGUCUCUCCCCAUCCUCCAGCCCCCCUUUCCAUUCCUCCUCCUCCCCUCGGCCCCCACUUUCCUCCAGUCCUCCCCUCCAUUCUUCCUCCUCCCCUCGCCCUCCAUUCUCCCCCACUCCUGCCUCUCCUUCCCGCCUUACCCCUCGCCCUCCCCCAGCCUCCAGCCCUCCCCUCCCCCGUCCGCGCCGCGCCCAGCGCUCGUCGUCAGCCAAUGAGGGACGCCCCUCCAGCCGGGAGAUCUUUGCCUCGUCACAUGAAGUCUUUGCGUCGGCGAGCCAGCUUGCCUCGCCUCGCUCCUCGCCUCUCUUUUCUCCCCGCCGUGCCCAGCGCUCAUCAUCAGCCAACGAGGGGCGCUCAUCCGGCCGUGAAAUCAUGGCCGCUUCGCACGAGCUCUUUGCAUCGGCCAAUCAAAUCUGCUCAACGGGAAAUGCGGUGUCCACUCUCGUCUCGCCUCACCGCACACCCGCAGUGUUUGACUCCCGCUCCCGGCACUUUGAUCGCUCCUUAAGUGCCAGCACUCAGUCCUCCUCAUGGUGCUCCUUAAACCACACUCGCAGCAGCCAUGCACCCUCGAGGAUUGAUCCAGCAGAAGCACCGGCUUCUCUCUCUUCCUCCUCUUCUGCUGCUGGUGGUCCCACCGCUGCCAUUCCUGGUGCCAUCCCUAUUGCGAUCCCGAUUGCAAUGCCUGUUGGGAUGCGUGCCACGAUGGCUGUUGCUGGUAUCAGCCCUGGCGUUUCCCGUCCGCAUGAGUCGAUUCCUCUCGCCUCCCUUCCAGCCGCCCUCCCUUAUUCCACCUCAACCAUCCCCGUCGUUGCUCCCCUCUCCAUCCCCGCAAGCCCUGGGGGAAAGGGCAGAGGCAGCCGAUGGGGCGGCAGCAGCAGCAGCAGCAGCAUCCCCAUCGCCAUCACAAGUGCAGCAACAACCGAGAGUCCUCUCCUAGAAGGCUCCUCGUCCUCUGGUUUAAGACGUGGUUUAAGACGUGUGCCCUCUGCGUCCAAUCUCCGGCUCCCUCCCUCUCCUGCCGCUCCCAGUCUCAAACCCCCUCCAUCCCCCUCAGCUCCCGAUCACAAGCCCCCUCCUUGCCCUAACCGCCGUCCUCCCCACCUCCCCACGUCCUCCUCUGUUCCACUCUCCCCACGCCCUCAGGUCCCUCUCCUCUCCCCUCGGUCCUUCUCUGUCCCUUGUGCAGACGCCCGCACUCCUGCCGACACUUGCCCUUGUACCGAUGCACAUCCCUCUGCUGAUGCAUGCCUUCCUAAAGCUGCAAACGCUACUUCGGUUGUGGAUCUUGGUAUAGUCGCACUCCCUGUGCCUCUUGCCCCACAUGCCUCCAUGGCGUUCCCAAAGAGCUGGUCCUCGCGCAAAGGCCCGCCCACCCCACUUGCCCUCCCUGGCGACGCUGGAGCUGAAGUGGUAGCUUCUCCCUCCACUCCUAUUUCUAGACGACUCAUAAAGCAGACAAGCGCCGCAGCAGAAGGGGUGGCUUCUCCUGCUGCCCCCUCCACUCCAAUCCGCAGUGCUUUGAAACACAAACGCAGCAGCAGCUGUGUCACUGGAAGUCCCAAAGAGAUGGGCAUUUCUAACACCACCACCAGCACCAGAACCACUACCAGCAGCAGCAGCUGCAGCAGUGGCUGCAGAAACGCGAGAGGCAACAGCAGCAGCAGCAGCAGUGGUGGUGGUGGCUGUGUGGUAGCAAGUCCUGGCAAGGGGCAUGGGAGGAGAGUGAGUUUCUGUGGGUUUGUAGAGGUACAGAUGUUUGAGCGUUCUGACCAGCGCCUUCCCCAGAUAGUGCCUGCCCAAGUGGCCAACCCGUUGCAGAAACUGACAGAGCGACACAUGGGUGUGUGAAGCGGGGAGGGCAGACGGACAUAUUGGCAACUGACAGAGCGACACAUGGGGGCGUUAAGUGAAGCCAUGUGCAGUAGUGCGACUGACAGCUAGCCCCUGCAAGGAGCAUGGGAGGAGAGUGCGCUUCUGUGGGUUUGUGAAGUACAGAUGUUUGACUGCGCUGAACAACACCUGUCCCAGAUAGUGCCUGCCCCAGGUGUGGCCAGCCCACUGCAGAAACUGAUGGGGCGCCACAUGGGAUUUUGACAUGGAAGUCUGGGGUCAUCACAAGCAAAGCGGGCAGAUCCAUUGAUUCUUUGGUUGGAGCUGAUCACGAUCCUUUAUUUUUGCGUAGCAGAGUGAAGAGGAGAAUAUGUUGAAGGCGUGACAUAAACUCGGUGGGUAUAAAAAAUCGGUGGAUAUGUUUGUGGGUAUAAAAUUGCUUAUCGCAUUCUUACAUUUUUACAUUGAUAGGCAUUGAAGGCUGUUGGAAAUACCU